CAAUUAGCGACGAACACGAUACAAAACUCAACGACUACGACGAAAAUGAUGUGGCCCAAGAAGUGCUCCACCUACCUGGUGAUAUGUUUGGUUCUACUGGCAUGCUUCAUGCAGGAAACGGAGGCCACGCGACGCGUGAAUCGCGGACGACGCACUCUCACACGCAGAUACUUUUCUGGACUUGCCAUACCCGGCUGGGCUGUGGUUGCCUGCGUCGCUGUGGCUGAGCUGCUGCUGGGCGCUGCUCUCUACUUUGCCAUGUACAAGAUCAUAUUGGACAAGGAGCCGGAGCAGGCGAGCACCUAUACGCCCGCCCCGACGCACGAUUCGUCGGCGGGCGUGCAGCCGGCACACACCGUGCAGCCCGACACAACACACACUGUGCAGCCCGUGCAACCUGUACAGGUGGCGCCAACGCAUGCCACAAGCAUUGCCUAGAAGCCGGAAGUGCUAUAGCUCUUGCAAUUGACUAAACUAAACAAUACCAAAGUAGACAUAAAUAUACAAAUCUACGUGACACGUUCCGUAUAUUCUUUGAGUUUUUUA